GCGACGUCAUUCUCGCCUCUUCCGCUCUGUUUUUAUACACAUAUCCGAAUUGUCCUUGAGCGGAACGUCACUGGCAAAAUGGUUGCAUACUGGAGACAAGCGGGCCUUAGCUACAUUCGCUUCUCUGCAAUCUGCGCGAGUGCAGUGCGAGCAGCACUGAAACCACAGUUCAAAGUCGAGGCAAUGAAAGUUGCAGAAUCCAGCGUCAAAGUCUACGUCCCAAAGGCUAUAGCAUGAUCUGAAUACAUGUAGUGGAUGUUCUUCGGGGCCAAGAGGAUUUUUCAAAGUCCCGGCCAACAUGUCUGUCUUUGUGAAUGGAUGAAAAUGCAAGGGUUAAAUCUAGAUUUGUGGAUAGACGGGGGACCUAACAGAAUGGGAAUGUUGUUUUUCCUUUAAUUUGUAAUUAAGAAAAUGAAUUAAAACUCCUAUCUAAAAGUU